UCCGGCAGCAGCGGCAGUUGAAGAAUCUCCUCCUCCUCCUCGCGUACGCCGUACCUACGCGAUCUCGCGUUCUCCAUAUUUCUUUGCAUUGUUUUGCCGUGUUCGAAUGCCUUCCGUGAUCAAAAUGUCUGAAACUGACGAGAGAAAUAGCGUAGAUCGUGACGAGAAAAAAGAUGCUGAAGAAGGCAGCACCACUCCAGCUAAGUCGGACAAAGGAGAGCCAAAAACUCCUGUUAAAGAGGCGAAAACGCCAUCCAAAGCAGAUUCCAAAACACCUGUGAAAGGAGAUUCAAAAACACCAGUCAAAGCAGAAAAUGGAAUUUCCUCCCCAGCAUCUGAGAAAAAGAAAGGAAAGGAAGAGAAGGAGGCUCCCAUUAAAGCCCCUGCAAAGAAAAGAGCAAAAACAGAGGUGAAAGAAAUCAAAAAAGAGGAAGACGAUGAAUCCGAGAAAAGUGAAGAUGAGGAAGAUGAGGAUGAUGAAGAGUCUCCUAAAAGAAAAUCAGUUCCUCUGCUUGAUGCUCCCCUUAAAGUUGAAGGCACUAGAGAACGGAAGAAGGUUGAGCGAUUCAUUCCAACCAGUGAACCUAAAACCCAUUCAGCUGUCGAAAUCCCAGAAGGAAAAGGCACCCCUAUCGGGGAAAUUGAAAUAAUUGCUGAAAAUAUGCAGGUGUACAAAGCGGAGUCACUGAAAAAUCUUCACAGAAUUAUGUUCGGGCGGGCUGGCACUAACUCGGUGGUCAAGAAGAACAUUCGACUUUUCAAAGGGUUUGACUUUGACAGUUCAUCUGACCAAGCAGAAAAGAAGAAAACCGCUCUAAGCAAAAUGAGAGUUGGUGACUUGAAAACUAUGCUGAAGGUUCUUGAUUUAGAAGUGAGUGGCCCCAAAGAGGGACUUUGUGAAAGGUUAUUCCAUUUCUUGUCGAGACCUUUUGACUCUGGAAAGAAACCUAAGCCAAAACGUCCCAGUCGUUCGAGCAAAUCAAAAGUUUCGAAGAGAAGCUAUGCUGAGUCUGAUGAAGAGGACAGCGAUGAUGAAGAACCAAAAAAGAAGAAGAAAGGAAAGAGCCCCAAACAGGCAGCAUCUAAGAAGAAGGUGACGAAAAAAGCACCAACCAAGAAGAAGACAAAGACAAAGAAGAAGAAGGAGGAAAGUGAGAGCGAAGAUGAGUCAGAUGUCAGCGAGGAAUCGGAAGAGGACGUAGAUGAGAGCGAUGUAGAAAAAGAGGAACCCAAACCUGUAGAGAAAAAGAAAGAAACCAAGAAGGACUCAAAGAAAGUAGUCAAGGAAGAUAAAGCUAAGAACGGUAAAUCAACAAAUGGCAAAAAAGAGGAAAAGAAGAUCAAAGUCGAAGCUGAUGAUGAAGUUGGAAGCGAUGAUGUAGACGAUGUAGAGAAUAAAAUAAAGUCUGAGCCAGAGGAUGAAAAAUCAGAAGGAGCCCAUUCGGAAGAAAAUGAUUCAGAAGUCAAUUCAGAAGAGGAAUCAAAGAAACCAGCCAAAAAACGAGCAGGGAGCAGAGAAUCCCCCAAGAAAAAUACAAAAGCAAACGCCAAGUCUUCAGACAGCGAAGACGAACCUCCGAAUAGUAAGAAGACUAAACAAGAGGCUCCUUCUGACGAUGAAAUUAAAGCUUACAUUAAAAGGCUCCUGGAUGAUGCUGACUUGGAAGAAAUCACCAUGAAAAAAGUUUGCAAGAACGUCUUCGAUCACUAUCCUGACAUCGACAUUUCCAAGAAACCUUUCAUCAAAGAGACAGUGAAAGAGUUGAUCUCUGGUUAAAAUCCGCAAAGUGGGUUACUCUUUCAUCUCUUUGACAAAGGUACCUAAAAUGUUAGAUAACUGCAGGAAUUGAACGAACUGAAGAUUUCAUACCAAUCUGAUGAUAUCUGAUUUUCUGAUUUUUUUUAAUUUAGCUAAUUGACAUUUUCAUCCCUUUAAAGGAGAGAAUAAGUUCUCUAACCACUUCAAAAAACGUGCUUGUCGAGGUGAUAUUUUCUUGCAGAUCAAGUGAAGGAAUUCUUAAUUGCCCAGGUUGUGAUUGCCUUUAACUUUUCCGCCGAUCAAAUUAGGAAAAACAUCUCACUUUAAUGGGAUAUUAAAUUGUUUUGUUGCCUGCCAAAAAGUAUGGUUUAUUGUGGUUAUUCCUCCGUUUACUUUCGCUUGAGUACUUUAAGUGUCCAAUCGGUCUGAUGUAAGAUUUUUCCUCUCUCAAUUUUUCAAGUUUCAGUUUAGUGUUCUCUACUAAUUUUUCCAUAAGUUGCUAAUUCUAUCAAUCAUUGUCGUUUUUUGUCUGCCUGUUGUAUUUACGUUUUUAUUCCCUAAUAUUUAAGCUGCAAAAACAUCAUGAUUUCAUUUAAAGUUUGUGAUAAGUUGUAUAUAUUUUUCCCUUUUUUUAAGUCUAUAAAUUUCUGUAACUUAGCCUCUUGACAACAGGUUUUGCACUCCAAGCUAAAAAUGUUCUCUCUCGACUUUUCUUUUAUCGGAAGAAAUAUUUUUGAUCUCUGUUUUUCCUCCACUUGAAGUUGUAAAUAUAGUGUACGCCUCAGCCUCUGUAAAGAAGAUAGCCUGCAAUUAAGUUUUGUGUUCGGUCGAGGACUGCUGGCCAAAAUUUAAUAGGUCAGUGCAAUUUAAGGAUACAGAAUGACAAAAUUGCGCAUGUUUUCGCUCCUCUGAUGUGAGGGCGCAUCUCAAUUUCCAUGUUAGUCCUGUUGCCCAUAUAACUUCAUACUUUAUGGGGCUCACAUGGAAAUUGAGGUAUGCCCUUAUGUCAAAGGAACGGCAAUAUGAGCCAUUCAUAUUCUUUAAAUCUGUUAAAAAAUUGACAAACCCCAGGGCAAAAGAUGAGGUCCUUUGUUUAAAAUGAGUUGUGUCCCUGCAAUAAGGAAGGUCUCCUUUUGCACCCAUGAUUCAUAUUUUAAGGAAUAGAAAUUAUGUAGUAAUGCAUUCAUUGAUGGAAAUAAGGGCCUCAUAUUUUGCAUUCACUAUAAUGGCUUAAUCUCCAAUUAUUUCAGUGCAUUUUUUUUUUAUUUCUCUCUUCAGUUUUUUUCUUUUUUUUUUUGGACAGUGAUUCAAUAGGAUUAAUGAAGCUGGUAUAUUGUGAUGAAUAAUGGUUUUUACGCAGCCCUUAAAUCCUGUUUAAGAGGUCUUUCAGUUUUCCAUAAACUGCUUUGGUUACUCCAUUGGUGUAAAUUAUUUUAUGAUUCCUUUUAAUUUUUAAAAUACCUUCUACUGAAAUUUGAUCGCAAUUAUUUGAGAUGCAAUACAUACCGCUGUUUUAAAAAUCUGUAGCAUUAAGAAUUCAAGAUGGAUCCCCAGAUCUUAGUUCAGAUUUUCGCUACUAAAGUGUUGGUAUCUAAAUGUAGUUGUAAAAUUUAAAAAUGUUUAAACUGUUAAAGAAAAUUACACAAUGUGGGUACUACUCAUUAUGAACUUGCUAUAUUCACUUGAGCAGUAAUUACAAAGUCGCUCAAACCCCUUUCCUGAGGUAUUCAACUUUUUAAUGAAUGCUUUAAUAUCGUCAGCAAUAAAAUGUUGGGAAACAACAAACGAACAAUGGUUGGCAAAUGUCUGAACUAAGAUCUGUAAAUCCCUAUUCAGUGACUCCCUAUACUGUUUCUCUCUUUGAUAUUUUUGAUCAGAUCGUACUUUUCUCUGAUGUAGUAUAUUCUGAAAUAUUUCCUAGCUGUUCCUAUGUUUUGCUCAAACCCGGUUCAUUUUUCAAUACCAUUUACUCAGUUGUACUUGAGGAUUGCUUGGUCUUGAGAAACUUCGGUUUAUUUUCAUUUCCCUUUUUUUUUCAUUUUAAAAUAAAACGACUGUAAAUUCUCAGUACAAAGUUUAUAUUUUUAUGUUCGCCAGCUAAUUGAAGAUAAAAUUAUUUGACAGCUAAA